AUGGAGCGAACGACGACGCGCGGGCGGUCGCGCGCGGGCGUCGCGCGUGAGGCGGCGUCGUCCACGAGAGCGACCGGGAGCGAGGUGCGCGUUGAAGAUUUGUUUCCGGAAGGCGAGCGACGAGGAAUCAUCCUUUACGACGGCGUGUGUAACUUGUGUAACGGCGCGGUGAACUUUGCGAUUGCGAACGAUGGGAACGGAGGUCAAGGAGGGUCCGUGCGGUUCGCGGCGCUGCAGAGCGAGACGGGACGACGGUUGUUGAGAAACGCCGGGCGGGACGCGGAGGAUAUUUCAUCCAUCGUCUUCGUCGAGGCGGCGAACUCGGAGGCGUCGUACGUGAAGUCCGAGGCGGUACUGAGGAUAGCAAAGAGAAUGCGGGCGCCGUUUCCGCAGCUCGCAGCGAUAGGAUCGGUGUUUCCCAGGGCGCUUGGGGAUCUGGCGUACGACCUGGUGGCCGAUAACCGGUACUUCAUCUUGGGACGACGCGACGAGUGUCGACUGGGGGACGACGUGCACGACGAUCGGUUCCUUCGGUGA